CUCUCUCUCUCUGUGUACUGUGUAUUUCCAAUUGAUGUUACAAACAAUAGCAUGUUUCUGUUGAUUGCAGACGUCUCGAGCAUCAAUUUUAAAAAGAAAAUGUCUUUUCAUUAUGCGCUUACAGUUUGUUUUCUGACGUGGCUGUUGUUAUUUUAAUCUUAAGUAUGUGUGAUAUUGAGUAAUAAGGAGAUGUUUUUGACACCGGAAAGGAAAAUAUUGACUUUCUUCACUCUCAUAGUCUAUGUUCUCUAGUGCAUUUCCGUUUGAAACAGAACUCAUUGUACUUUGGCUUUAAGUGACCUCGUCUGAAUCAAUGAUUAAUUAUCCGUAGGUCAGUGAUUUCAACUUGCAGCGACAAUUAAGAAAACAAACGAGUCACGAUUUUGGUGAAAAAUUCUUGUAAGGUUGCCUGAGCUAUUGAAUGCUACGAGAGUGAAUUAUUAUUUUCUUCUUCAUCUAGCAUCUUUUUACGGUGUCGAAAGGGGGCAUAAUUUUUCAAAUAUGCUUUAAAAGCCAAUUACUGAGAAGAAAAUAAAGAAAUAUAACGUUAAAAUUAAAAAAUUUCAAAUGUAUGUUUCACUAGAAAAAUUUGGGGUAUUCUCCUUGCUUCAUCUAACACUCAAAAAUAUUGGAGUCAAUUUAUCUUAAAACAAGGGCUAAACGAUUUAUUCUUAAAAUUAGUUUGUUAAGUUUCACCCUAAGACUAAAAACUGUGUGUGAUAUAACUAAAGAAACACCCCCAAAAAUUAGCUUUACAAAGCAUCAAAAGGAAUAAAACCCAAUAACUCCUACAAAACAUUUUUAAAUGCUGACUGAGUAUUAGUCCAUUAUUAAACAUGACGAUUUGAUUUGUGUCUCUCUUUUUACCUCUUUUAACUUCGAAUUAAAAGCUGGCUUGCAGACAAAAAAAGAUACAUUUAAACAAGAACCAAUGUUUAAUUAAAUUUUUGAACGCUCAUUGCGAUGGAUUUAAUUUGAUAAUCGAGUUAAAGUUUGGUGAUUGAGUAUAAACAAUUCUUUGCUUUGCUGGGAUGACUUACUGAAAAAAUCUCCCACAGGUUGUUAAAUUGUUGAAUGGACAUCAAAUAGCGCGUAUGUGAUUGUUUUCUGUAAAAUGUAUCUUAGGUGAAGAUAAUCUGAAUGGGAUUGUACAAAAAGGUAAUGCUCCUAUAAAGUUCUAUCCUUUGAAAAGAGAUAAUCUAAACAUGUAUUUUACGAGGUCCAAUCAAUAGAGGGGGUUGUGUGAAGUAGCAACAAUUUCAUGAUGGUGCUGUAUAGUUGGGUCUUCAUUCGUUUUAGUUAAACUGACCAUGACUACAUAUCUUUAGGGAUUUCUAAUUAGCUAGUCCUACCCGUUCGAGGGUAAUAUUGUGUACUGAUUUUUCACUUUUAUAUGUAUCAUUAAAGAUUACGAUGAACAUUACAAUAAACAUUUACUCAAUGCAUUUAUAUAAAAACUGACAGGAGGCUCUGUAUGUUUGUAGAAUGAAGUAAAACAUCAAUGUAAAUGAGAUGAAAAGGAUGCAGAAUGAAAUUUCCUUGGAAGUACUUUUUGACUGUGAUCCUUCUGGUGUACAUAGUCAGCAUAUAUUAUAUUCACUCUCAUGUCUACGAACGAGUCGCACAGCUAAAUGAUAACCAUCAAAAUAACCAGAUUAGCCUACAUCCUCACGUACCACCUAAACAGACAUUACCACACACCCGAUACUAUUCUGUCAAUGCCAUUGGCAGUGUCUCCUUUUCGAGUCUUAAAAUCGCUCCAGACAAAACCUUUACCGCAUGGUCAAAAGCAAAGUCUUCCUUCUGUGACGAUAAUUUUAUAGGCUAUGAUAAUUUAUUUGCUCACUUAAGGAAUGCUUACCUUGAUCCAUCAUUCAGUUCGGGUCGUUUAGGAGGCGAGGCUAUUGAACGCGUGCUUAAUCAGCCAGAAGAGAAGGAGUUCCUUGUCCUAAAAAUUGGAUAUUUCCAAAUCAACUGUAAAGAUGAUGAAGUAUUCAAUUACAGGUUUAAAAGAGGAGAUCACUUAGUGAAGUGGAUCUCGGUCCUGAGGCCUGCCUUAGAGACUACGUCACGUGAGUACAUCAACACGUUGACUAUCGCCGUGACUCGAUACGAGUACGCCAAUGUCUAUCACACAAUGACCGACUGGUAUAAUGCAUUCCUUAUGCUCGUGUUCUUCAAUGUUCGGAGUCUAAGCGCCAAUAUUUUGUUCGUUGAUAGCCAUCCAUUAGGAGGAUUAGACACAGUUUGGACAACUUUGUUCGGAAGAGUUGUGCGAGCUGGUCAGCUGCAGCAAGCACUUCACUUCGAUACUCUUAUAUGGAAUAUCCAAGGUUAUAAAAGUCCCAUGUAUCAUCACGAUUUACCAUCAAUUCCACACAUUGAACCAUUUAGAAUAUUUUUUCUUGGAAAACACAACAUUCCAGACAACAAAAUAUUGAAUUGUGAUAAAUUAUUGAUUCGUUUUCUUUGGAGACGAGAUUAUGUUGCUCAUCCUAGAAAUCCAAAAGGAACUGUGAGUCGCAAAGUCAAAAACGAGAAAGAAAUUGAAGAUUCCGUCGCUAAGUUGUACCCCAACCAUUUAAUUGAAAGUUUCCAGACGGAAAAUAUGAGUAUGACUGACCAGCUAUCUGCCAUUGUUAACACGGACAUUCUGAUAGGCAUGCACGGGGCGGGCCUAACACUGGCACUUUUCCUGCCCAAACACGCAGGACUCAUAGAGAUCUACCCCAAAUAUUGGUCCUCCGACAACGCCCAUUUUAGGGCAAUAGCAAGAUGGAGAAAUCUUCAUUACAUUCACUGGCAAAAUGUGGAGAGCAAAAACGAAUUCACAAAUCAUUACACAUAUGUCCCUCCUUCUGUGGUUCACAGAUUGUUGUCUAAUACUAUUUUGAAUAUGUGCAAGGCUCAAAAAGGGCAUAGCUAGUUCUUGCAAACAACAAAGAUUAGCAGUUUUAAUCUAUCAACACAGAAAAUAAUUUCUAUGCAAACAACGCUUUCAUAUCAUUGAUAGUUAGUAAGGUAUAUAGUAGGGGAGAAAAGAUAAUUUUGUGUAUAUCAUACAAUGUAUAUAUGAGGCUGACAUAGAGUAGCCGUUUAUCUUUUAUAGUUAUUGUUUGCAAGUCACAAGGAUUAGACAAUUUAUAUUAACUGUUGAAUAUAAAUAAACAAAGAGCAUUCAGUCAAGUGAACUCCAUACUCUGUCCCAAGAUAUCCGCGAUUGACAUUUUGCUUGUUUCCUCGAUAUUUAUAAAUAUUUCAGAGUUCAAACCUGUUCAUUCAAAAGUAUGAACAUUUUCCAAUAUUUCUCAGUUAAUACGUUCCCUUUAGCUUAUAAGGUUUCAAUACACGGCUAAAAAUGUGACAUCUAAGGGAAUUUUGUAUUGCAGCAAGCCCAGAUGAUAACGUUGAAAAAUUGCGCGAGGUAUUCCGAGUAACUUCUGAAUGGAUAAAAGAUGUAAACAUUCUCCGUAAGAAAUCUGUUUUCGUUCUUGUGAUUUUUUUCGAGUGAAAAAUGAUAAUCAGUCAAUGUAGAUAUCUUGGAAAUUUUCCCUUUCAUCGAUUUCAACUGCACUUUUUUCACAGGUAUGUGUAUUUGUAAUUUAAAAUCGUCCAAACGUGCUGCCUAAAUAUUUUUGGAUAAACUAUAAUUGAAUGGUCUUUGAAUGUGACAAGGUGGUAAGGCUAAAGCUAUGUCAUUAAGUCACCUUCAAUCAGAAUUUACUUGACUGAAUGUCCCGGUUUACGUUAAAAUUCUGAAUAUUUAAGUUCUGAAUAUUUUAUUUUAUUCUGCAUUUAAACUGAGUCAUGACAUGAAUUCACUUGAUAUGUGGUAUUUUUUUUUAUUUAUUAUUCCGUUUAUAGCAUGCUUUCACACUUCUUAACUUUUUUAAUGACCCUUGUAUAUAAAUUAUCUCUACAGAAAUGGCAGCUUUUCCUUCCAAAAGUCUUUCAUGCCAUGCCUGUUAUCGAUAUUGUUUGUGUUCGUACAGUUUAUCAAGUGUUUGAACUGCAUCCCAAGCCAGGAGUUCUCCCAAUUUUUCGUUUCUGUUCAUUGUAACAGAUUAUAUUUAUAUUUAUCAUCUAAUCAAUCAUAUAUGAUUAAGACUAUAUAACAUUCCAGAAACAUGUAUGUGGGCUUAUGCCAGAUAGCUGUUUUUAAUUUACUUCAUGUUUGGAUUUAGUUAAAUUAUGCUUACACAUAUAUUGCCAAUUUUACCUGCGUAUUUACUCUGAAUAUACAUGUUCUAUGCAUUUUUACCUGCUUUGUUGAGGUUUUACAAAUUUGAUUGUAUUAGAUAAUUAAUGUAUUUAUUCUUGUUGAUGCAUAAUGUAUUACAAUUACGCAUGUGCCAUUGAUUAUUUGUGCUUAUUGUUUUCCUUCUAUUUUAUAUAUUAUUAAGUACGUGCUUUCAUAUUUUAAUGUUUUUUUAAUAAUGUUGUUACCAUACAAUGGAAAUGUUUAUUUUUUUAAUGUUGAUUCAAUUACAUAACGCCAUAUGCCUACCUAUUAUCCAAUGAACAGAAACACCUGGUGUAGUGUCGUUCUCUCUCUGAAUUAAGUGACCACGUUUUGUGACCUCUGAUCACUAUUACUCUUAUAAUUACCAAGGAGGUUAUACAAGACUAUAUUAUCAGGUGUUUUCAUUGCUUUUCUCUCAACUUUUAUGUAAUAAAUCUAUUUUUCCACUUAUUA